AUGAAGGCAGUCUCUAUUCUGACCCUGGCAGGUCUGCUGUCGUCAGUCAAUGCUCAUGGAUACCUGACCAUUCCUUCAAGUCGUACUCGGCUUGGAUUCGAGGCUGGCAUUGAUACCUGCCCUGAAUGCUCCAUCCUUGAACCAGUCACUGCAUGGCCUGACCUGGAAGGACCCCAAGUUGGCCGAAGUGGACCAUGUGGUUACAAUGCCCGAGUUAGUGUUGACUACAACCAGCCUGGCGCUCACUGGGGCAACUCUGUCGUUGCCACAUAUACUGCAAACCAGAUCGUCGAAGUGCAAUGGUGUGUCGACCACAAUGGCGACCAUGGUGGCAUGUUUACCUACGGUAUCUGCCAGAAUCAGACUCUAGUCGACUUGUUCCUGGACCCAAACUAUCUUCCCACCAAUGCCGAGAAACAAGCUGCCGAAGACUGUUUCCUAGAGGGUGAAUUGAAAUGUACAGAUGUUCCUGGACAGACCUGUGGCUACAGCCCUGACUGCACCUCUGACCAACCAUGCUGGCGCAAUGACUGGUUCACUUGCAAUGCAUUCAAUGCCGACAGCAACCGCGGCUGUCAGGGCGUGGAUGGCGCUCCAUUAAACUCCUGCAAGACAACUAUCGCUGGUGGUUACACCGUUACGAAGAAAAUCAAAAUCCCAGAAUACGACUCGGCCCACACUCUACUACGCUUCCGGUGGAACUCCUUCCAGACAGCCCAGGCUUAUCUUCACUGUGCUGAUAUUGCCAUUGGGGGUACGGGGUCAGGAUCGACUUCAACCACCAGCUCUACGACGAGCAAGACCAGCACCGCCACAACUUCCACAACAACUACCACAGCAUGUGCGACUACUGCCACCACCGUCCCGGUCACUUUCAAGGAGCUAGUGACCACGACGUAUGGUCAGAAUGUCUUCGUUACCGGGUCAAUCAGCCAGUUGGGCUCUUGGUCUACCUCGUCGGCGAUUGCUCUAUCUGCAGGCUCAUACACAACGUCUAACCCAUUGUGGACUGCCAGUAUUGAUCUCCCCGCUGGUACCACUUUUGAGUACAAGUUCUUCAAGAAAGGGUCGGACGGUAGCAUUACCUGGGAAAGUGAUCCUAACAGGAGCUAUACUGUACCAACUGGCUGCUCUGGAAUUACAGGCACUGCAAGUGCAACGUGGCGGUAG